AUGCCUGGUACCAAGCGCACAACAAAAACAGCAUCUUAUACGGAACACAAUGAUGACGAUGAUUUUAUGGCAACAGCUGAUAAUACCAAAAAAACUCGUAGUAUGAAAUCAAAUGAUCAACAAACAGAAUUAAAUUCUUCUACUCGACAAUUACCACGAAAACGUAAAGAAAAAUUAUCAAAAGCUGAACAAGAAGAACUUGAUUUAGCACUUAAACUUUCGACAGAAACAGUACAAUCAAGUGAAACAUCAAUUGAAAUUCCAAUUACUAAUGAUGGUAAAGAAAUUUUGAGUAGUACAUCAACAAUAUCGAGUAAUGAAAGUAAAACAACAACAGAAAAAGAAUCUAAUGAACAAGAUGAAAAUCCAUUACCGAAAAGUAAACGAAUGAAACGAGAUGAAGAAGAAGAGAAUGUUGAUGAAAACGAAUCGAAUAGUGAAGAAGAAGAGGAAGAAGACGAAGAAGAACCAACACCACGAAAAAAAACGAUUCGUAAAACAGAAGAAAAAAAUAAAAACUCUGAAAUAUCAACAGUACCAUCCAGUGAUCUUAACUCAUCUCGAUUGAUAACACGUGGCCAACAAAAAUCUUCAAUUUCAACAACUGAUCUUUCAAUGAAAAAAUCUAAUGCACCAUUAGGUUUUCCAACAAAUAAAAUAAUUAUUCCAUCAUUACAAACAUCUCGUGUUGGUUUAUCACGUAAAGUUUCUGUUAUAAAACCUCUUCAUCCUAAUCUUAAUCAACGUAUUACUCAUGAAUAA